CUUGGCCUAUUUCCGGUAGGAUCUGUAGAAACGGCGGCUGAUCCGGUGAGGAACCUGUGUUGCCUACUGCGCUGUUCCAGAAGCGAGCCGACAUGGCGGCGGCUUUUCGGAAGGCGGCUAAAUCCCGGCAGCGGGAACACCGAGAGCGAAGCCAGCCCAGCUUUCGAAAACAUCUGGGCCUGCUGGAAAAAAAGAAAGAUUACAAACUUCGUGCAGAUGACUACCGGCAUAAGCAAGAAUACCUCAGAGCCCUCCGGAAAAAGGCUCUUGAAAAAAAUCCAGAUGAAUUCUACUAUAAAAUGACUCGGGUUAAACUUCAGGAUGGAGUUCAUGUUAUUAAGGAGACUAAGGAAGAAGUAACUCCAGAACAACUGAAACUAAUGAGAACUCAGGAUGUCAAAUACAUAGAAAUGAAAAGGGUUGCAGAAGCCAAGAAAAUCGAAAGACUAAAAUCAGAGCUCCAUCUGCUGGAUUUCCAGGGGAAGCAACAGAAUAAGCAUGUGUUCUUUUUUGACACCAAAAAGGAAGUUGAACAGUUUGAUAUUGCAACUCACCUUCGAACAGCCCCAGAACUAGUCGACAGAGUCUUCAACAGACCCACAAUAGAGACUUUGCAGAAGCAGAAAGUGAAAGGAGUUAACCAUAAGAAUCGACUUAAGCAGAUAGCCAAAGAGAGACAAAAGCAGUAUAACUGCCUGACGCAGCGGAUUGAGCGCGAGAAGAAAUUAUUCGUUAUUGCACAGAAAAUUCAGACUCGCAAAGAUCUUCUGGAUAAAACUCGGAAGGUGAAGGUGAAGAAAGAAACAGUGAACUCCCCAGCCAUUUAUAAAUUUGAGAGUCGUCGCAAACGUUGAAGGGUUAUGGAUAAGCCUUGUCAUUCCACAUGGAAAAGAGUUUGUUUCUUUUCCAGUAACUUCAAAGUCCAUUGGCUUAAAUUACUUGGUUUUCCUGCUUGUAGCUAAUUUAUUGUAGGUCUGACAUUUGGUAUGAGCCAUGUUCAAGCCCUUUCCCUUGUCUAAACUGUUUGUGGGUUGUUGAAAUCACUCUUAUUUUGAUGUACUUUCUUUUUCAUUAUGAAAGUUAUAUAAUCUCAUUAUGGCAGAUUCGGGAAAUAAAUGAAUUCAUCCCUAA